GGUCAUCCCCGGUGGAGGCGUCCAUCUCCGUUGAGUCACAACCAAUGACUACUGCAGGAAGAGCAGCCGUCGUCGGAGCCGGGCCGGUAGGAUGCCUCACGGCACUGGGCCUGGCUCAGAGGGGCUACGAGGUGGAUCUCUUCGACUUGCGGGACCGCAUUGUCGCGGAUGCGCACGAGGCGCAAAAGGAUCCGUCGAGGCAGCGCAGCAUCAACCUCGCCAUCUCUACACGCGGCCUUGCUGGGCUCGCGGCCGUCGAUGAGGCGCUGGCGGAGACGGUCUUGAGCAGCGCAGUACCUAUGCAUGCUCGUAUGAUCCAUACAAAGGCCGGCGAGCAGAUGAGCCAGCUGUACGGCAUCCACGGCGAGUCUAUCAACUCCGUUUCGAGGACCCUCCUCAAUGCACUCGUCGUCGAGCACGCCGAGGCGAAUCCGCGGAUCAACGUCCAUUACCGACACAAGCUCAAGCACAUCAACUUCCAUGCACGCUCUCGCCGCCGAGAAGACGAAGACGAGGAUGAGGACGAGGUGCAGCUGCAGUUUGCUGUGAGCGGCAAGGAUGAACGGGAGGGCAUCUACACCGCCGACGUUGUUUUUGGAUGUGACGGCAUGCAUUCCAUCGUUCGCUCAGAGAUGGCCAAAGCGGUCCGCAUGGACUUUUCGCAGUCGUACAUCGACAAUAGCUACGUAGAGCUGCACAUCCCUGCGGACCCCAACGGCGACUUUGCACUGGAUCCCAACCACCUUCAUAUCUGGCCUCGUCACGACUUUAUGCUCAUCGCUCUGGCCAACCAGGACAAGUCUUUCACUUCGACGCUCUUUGCACCCUCAAAGGUGUUUGACGAGAACCUCUCCUCUGCCAAGGGCAUCUCGGACUUCUUUGAUGAGCACUUUGCCGAUGCCGUCGAUUUGCUCGGUAGAGAGGCUCUGAUCAGGGACAUCAGCCAGCGAAGACCGAGCCCACUGGCCACGAUCCGAUGUCGGCCUUACCACUACAAGUCCCGGGCGAUUCUCCUGGGCGAUGCUUCGCAUGCGAUGGUGCCCUUCUACGGGCAAGGCCUCAAUUGCGGCCUCGAGGACGUCAGAGUAAUGCUCGACCUCAUCGACAAGCACGCAGGUCCAACAGCGAGUGUCGAUCUAUCCACUGGUACCGACAUCUCUUUUGGUCCUCACAGUCGUGUCGACAGCGGCGUUCAUGUGACUGGUCAAAAUGCCAAAGCGACUGCGGCGUCGGCUUCUACGAAAGCGAAGGCUAAGCAGAGGGCGGUGGCACUUCACCAAGCCUUUGACGCAUACACUUCGAGCAGACACAACGACUUGGUGGCCAUCUCGGAGCUUGCCUUGGACAACUACCGCGAAAUGUGCAGCCGAGUCGUUUCCACCCCGUACCUCGUCCGGAAGCGCGUCGACAACAUGCUCAUGAAGGUGCUUCCCUCGGCCUGGUGGGCCAGUCUAUACACAAUGGUCACCUUUUCCAACGAAGGCUACCACAAGGCACGAGAAAGGGAGCGACGCCAGGCCCGAAUCCUCGGCGGCCUCGGCUGGUCAGUCGGCUUUGCCGGCGUGGCCGCCCUCUUCUUGGCACGGCGCCAUUUGUACUAAUCACGUUGUCCUAAUUGUACCAUACUUAUAUCCUCGAUAAUACUGACAAUGCAUCGACAAGCU